UCAGAGCUCCAUAUAGACGCCGUCAUCAUACCUGAACCUAGUUGAGACCGUCCCGCAUCUUGCAAUGCUCCCCUGCACUGGACAAGAGCGUGACAGGCCACAGCACGACACUGUUCUCCCACGGCUGCUGACAUCGCCUCUUUAUUAACCUUAAAGGCAGCAAACAAACAUACAGGUGUCCCACGAGUAAGGGUUUGUGACCGGCGACGAGAAGAGGGGGCUGGCUGCAUCUGUUGCGUGUGAAUUAAUUUCCACAUUAGCAUCCAGUUAGCUAGCUGUAAUGUCAGACACUUAACGUAACUAUGAGGGUUACAUUGAAAAUCACAAAUGUCAUCUGUCACUUGUGGUGGGCAGUGCUUUACGGGGAUCUCCAGUAAAUACAGGGGCGGUAACGGAGCGAUAUAUCAUGUCCGUAUAAGAAGAAGGACCUGAAAGGUGCAUGAAUGUGUUCAGUGUAAUGCUUCGGAGCUAACGGACUAGCUUCGUGGAAACACGUCGGUAGUCUGAAGAGCGUUGCUUGUCGCUUUACACGGUGCUAGCUAAUAUGGACGGUCUUACUUCCACCAAGGAUCACUGUGUCUCGCAUCGGAAAAUGCAAUGAGAAGACUGCAAGAGGAAAACCUCUAGAAGCCCGACGCGAUAAUGGAGACUUUCUUGCAGAUAGCUCCCCACUCCCUGGCAAUAGUGCUGUCCAGGGUCGAGACUGGGGAAGCGACGGGGGCGGCCGGGGUGUCAGAGAGCGACGAAUUGCCAAGGCACCACACAGGCUAUGAGAUUUUUGCCGAUUUCAAAGCAGAAAAUACCCAGCAACGUGUGUGGAACCAACGGAUUACCGAGGCUAUGUCCGAGACCUUCUUCCUGGGCUGGAUAGACGAGCAUGUGCUGCUGAUCCAGGGGAAAGAGGACCAUCUGGAGGUGUUGAGGGAUGGAUGGAUGCGGAGGUACCUCAAUCCUCCUCGGGGAUUCACCAUCAAAUACCUUGGUGAUGUGUCACCCAUCAGUAUGUCCCCUAUCAGCCAAUCGCAGUUCUUUCCUUUGGGAGAGGUGUUGCUAUUGGCUAUCUCUGCGAUGAACUCUGCCCAUAGGCCUGUCACUCAGGAGGCCCUAACUGAACACCUGCAGACAUGUUUUCCAGGUGUUCCUACGCCAACAGAGGAGGUUUUGCACCACACACUAAGCAUGCUGGUCCAUGAGAGGAAGAUCUACCCAACAACGGACGGAUAUUUUAUUGUAACCCCACAGACUUACUUUAUCACACCGAGCCUAAUCCGAACCAGCUCCAAGUGGUACCACUUAGACGAGAGAUCCAUUGACCGACACCAGCAACAUCAGCAGACACAGUGCACCUCACCUCUCUUUGGCACAGUCACCCCAUCCCCUUCUGGAGGCGUGCGUGAUAAAACACAGACUAAGACUAGCCAAAACCAUAGUGCAGGAGUCGGCGCAGGUGGAGAUUCCUUUUACAGCAACACUUACCGUGGAGACGACCCUCCAAGCCACCACACCAGCCUACAGUGCCGAUUCCCCAAAGACCACCGGGAAGUGUACUCAUCCCCACACCCUCCACAAACACCUCCCCAGCAAACAGGAGGCAGCACAGAAAAAAGCCGCAGCACCCUCGGGUUCACCUUCAAGACGGACACUCUAACCAAGCACAGAGGGGGGGGCAAUGGGGGAGGUGGAGGAGGAGGAGGAGGAACUGCAGAGAUUGAGAAACAAGCCAGUGGAGGAAGUGGCACAGGCAGUCGUAAGUUUGGUCUGAAGCUGUUCCGUCUGAGCUUUAAGAAGGAUAAGACCAAGCAGUUUGCCACCUUCUCAGCACAGUUCCCCCCUGAUGAGUGGCCACUCCGUGAUGAGGAGGUGCCCAGCCAGCUGCCACGUCAUGUAGAGAUGGAGAUUAUCCGCAGAAUCAACCCUGACCUUACUGUGGAGAAUCUUGCGAGGCACACAGCUGUCAUGAAGCGUCUUGAAGAAGAGCGUGCUCAAAGAAGUAAAGCCUCAUCAGCCAAUCAGAGCUCUAGGAGUAGGAGAAGUGGAGGUAGACACAGGAAGCAGUCACAGACCAAAUUUAGCCGCUCACAUAGUAAAACAAGGGCAUUGCAUGGUGAGCCAAGUGAUGCAUCCCACCUAGAGCUGGCUGACAGGGACUAUAGAGCCUACUCAUCCUCACUGGCUCGGUCACCAAGGGAACACGCUCUGGCCAUGGAGCGACAGCGGGCUCGGCUUCACCUUGCACACAGCAACCCCAACAUUCUUGACGCCUCUCACCUGCCUGUCACACCGGAAUGGGAUGUGUCUGGAGAGCUUGCGAAGCGAAGAACGGAAAUGCCUUUCCCAGAGCCAAGCCAUGGCCCAUCAGCCCACCAUUCCAAAGUCCACCGCUCACACUCGCACACCCAGGAGAGAAAAUCCAGGAAUGAAAGGAGUGACAAGGCCAAGGAACGUUCCAGAUCCAUGGACAAUUCCAAGGGACAGCUCGGAGCAGGGUUGAUUGCACCACCUGAUUAUUAUGAUGACCGGAACCGUUACUAUACUGAUGAUGGUACCCUGCGAGCCAAUCAGAGCUCUUCUCACUACUCUCGUUCCACACCCACCUCAGCUAAGCUUGCUGGGGAUUCUCUGGGGUUGAAUGGUGGUAGGAGCUUAGAGAGGAAUAAGAGCAGGGACAACCUUCCAGCAUACUCACCGAAACCCCUGCCCACUUCUGUUGCUCCUGAUGAUUACUUUCAGUGCUCUGGUUCCUCUGAUGCUGUUCUCACAACAGCAAAUCCACUGGGAACUCUGGGCAAAAGUAGCCAUGAUGGAUUAAAAGUAGGUAACUCUAACAGGAAGACAGACAGACAGACACCCCACCUGACAGAACAUAAGGAGGACAAAUGGGUGGGACCUAAAGGUGGCAGCCUGCCUCCUAUACCUCUCACUAACCCUGACCCACCCCUUCCGAAUGGACGACCUCCCCACAGUGCCUCCUUUGGUCAGGAGAAACGUAAAGAGAUCUUUAGUAAAGACACUCUCUUCAAACCUCCUCCUGGCCUACAUUUGCCUGGCUACAGCUCCCUGAGAAAAACACCUGCCCUUGUCUCUUCUACUCUGUGCUCAUCCUGCGAUGUACUUGAUUCCCAGGAGGCCUUUGAUGCGCCCAAACCUUUGGUGGCCACAACAUCUGCACCCCCACAGGGGAUUGAACCCACGACCAGUACUGCAGAGGCAUCAUUUGACUAUUACAAUGUCUCAGAUGACGAUGAACUUGAGGAGAGUGGGACCAAAAGUCGAGGAGAGGACGAGAAGGCUGGAGGAGGCAUUGUUGGGAUGGGAGGGGGUGCAGCAGGUACCAUGCAGUGGCUCUUGGAGAGAGAGAAGGAGAGGGACCUACAGAGGCGGUUUGAAAGAACCCUCACCUUCCCCAGUGCUAAAGAGAGGCUUCCAGAGUCCAGUCAGAACCAGCAGUCAGCCCACUCUGCUAGACUGGACAGUAUGGACUCCAGCUCCAUCACAGUUGACAGUGGAUUCAAUUCUCCACGAACAAGGGAGAGUCUAGCAUCUAACACCUCUUCCAUAGUGGAGAGUAACCGUCGUCAGAACCUGGCCUUGAGUCCUGGACACCUCAGCAUCACUACUGGCAACGGUCCCCCCUUCUCCUUCCGUAACAUCACAGAACCUACCAGCACCCAACCAGAGAAACUCCAGAAGCCCAGCGCCUGCCUUGCAUCAAUCACCAGCGUCUAGGGACAGAACUAAAGGCUGGGCAGGAUGCUGAAAUCCAAUGGACAAGGGACAGAAAAUUUAAGUUCCAACCCAGAGGACUGUUACACCUUAAGACGAACAAAUGGAUUUAGCCAGUGGCGCUGUGAUAGGCCCACUCUGGAACUAUAGCUGUUAAAACACACACACUCACACAAAUAAACAGGCCACUGGGCAGUCAUUGUACAGCC